UACCUUCAAUACAGCAAUCGUUUCUCCAAUUUACUAUGUAAUGUUCACAACACUGACAAUCAUUGCAAGUGCUAUAAUGUUUAAGGAUUGGUCGGGCCAGAACUUGAGCAGUAUAACUUCUGAAGUAUGUGGAUUCAUUACUGUGCUUUCUGGAACAAUCAUAUUUCACACUACCAGAGAGCAGGAAGCAUAUCCUGUAUCAGGAACUAUUUCUUGGCAUGUUUGUGGUGAUUCAAUAAAGAACAUUGAGGGUGAUCAUUACAUUAUCUUGCACGGUGCAGACUAUUGAGUAGUUGGCUAUUCUUGAUAUCUUUAUAUGUGAAAAUAUGAUCACGACAUAGGCACUUGACUGCUGAGGAGUGAAGAAGAUAAAUUUGCAGAGAUGCACAUAUGCCAGGAGCAAAGAUUUGGUUAAGAUGGUUCACUAAGAUUUUACUGACAGUGCUGCAAUGGGACGUGUCCAGUUUGGAAGCCCAUGCGUAAUUGUUUUCAAGCAUGAAAGCAGAUCGUGGAAAAAUAGUGGAUAGGUAGGAGAUAUCUUUGAUGUAUUCAUAUCAUGGGGUAUAUUGUAUAUAUAUAAUUCGUGAUUUAUUCACUAUUUGGCGGAGGGACAGUGAACAAUGAUAAAUUGGCGGAGUAGAUCCAUCCUGGGGAGUUCAGAGUUGGGCUGGAUGAGCAAUGAAUUCUGCCAAUCUUGAGACAAUCAGCAUUUUAUCCAUUCCAUGAAAAUGCCUCUCAAGUCAAGGCGAAACAUCAUGGAUGAACAAGGUGGAAAUGUCUACCACAUGCCUUGAGCCAAUUAACCAGACACACACUCAAGGGUCGAAGAAGGGUCGGUCAUUCACCCCAUCGUGAUGGCAGGCUGGUUUUGUCCCAUUAUUGCACGGUGAGUAUUGGAUUGCCCAACAAUUUCAUAUCUUCUGAGGUGAGAUUGCUUUGUCCAUGGAAUGAUGGACCACUAAAGAAAGUGAAAUGAAAGCAUACAGAAGCCUUGGUUGAACUUCUUUCACGAGAUGCGCCAAUUUGGAGCUAAAAUAUGCGAAGUUCCCAACCGUAUGACAACUCGGGCCAAACCCACUUCGGGGAUUGGGAUGUGUUACAUUGAGCCGGGACAAAAACCAGGCCAGCUUGUCAGUCAAUUGGGUGAGUGGACGGCCCUGACCCAGAAACACCUAUCCUGUCUUUGGAAUAUUCGAAUAUUCUAAUCAGGCGUCACUCGCUUGCAUGACAAUUGACAAGUUGACACAAUAUCAGUCAUACAACAAAGGAAUCGCUUCACUGUUUCAGUGCUUUCUUUACACGCUACCAUCAAUUUGUUUAUACCCCUCCGGAUGAACUCGGAUCUGCUAUUGUGCUUCAGAUGCGCGGUUAUAGAUUACAUUCAAGGGUUGUUGGUUACAAAUGACAACCGAAGCGGUAAUAUUACAUUCGCAGAAAAAAAUAAUCGACACAACCGUUUUAACUGGAAGAUAACGGUGAGGUUCUUUCCAUCGCGAAGACAGAAGACUGAAGUCACCGAACGCGGGAGCAAGAAAAAGUUGAGCGCGGGAAUGCAAUUGCAACUAUCUUAUUCGUAACGCAAACGGGUAGUCUAUCACACACCGUCCAUCGCUCUUCACACGGAUCUUGAUGAUGCUGCAUGCAUAUCUGCCAAAUAAUCUUCUGCUUUACCAUUCCCCCCCCCCC